GUGUUGUUGUAAUGAUAGCUUUUUUCGUGUUUGAAGUGUCCAGAGAUGUUAAUAAGACGUGUAAAAGUAAAAACUCCUGACUCCUAGUAAAAAGUACAAGAUUUCUUCUCGUACUUGUGUCUACAUUUUAUGAUUUUGUUUACAAGUCAGAAAUAGAGGUUACGGUAAACUUAAUAACAAUGGACGAUUAAAAUUGUAAAUUUAGUGCUUUAUUAAAUUUCGUGAUUGUUAGAAUCUUUAGGUUAGAUAUUUAAAAAUGGGGCGUCAGAGGCAGGUACAAAAACCUGAAAAAGCACAAAAAAUGCAAAAGGAUAAAGCAAUACCAAGUGACGCUGAGAAUAGCAAUAGUUUUGUGGUGUCAAUUAAAAAAACAAUAGUUAUGGUUAUAAUUGCUAUCGCAAUGUAUAUUGCUGGUAAAGGUUAUUUAGAAACAAGAGUUACAACACCCUAUGAUGAACACAAGGUGGUCACAGAAAGUGGGUUGAUGAUUCCUGACCGCUACUGGGGUUCGUACAGACCUGGAAACUAUUUUGGUUUGAAAACAAGAGAGUUUCACUCUCCUGUUGUUGGCCUAAUGUGGUAUUUCCCGAACCGGGUUGGUCCAGAUGGUAUUAGUAUACGUCAUUGGUGCGAACAGGGAGAUCGUCUGGAUAGAUACACAUGGACCAAGCAUGAUGGUCGCAGCUUCGGUAUCCAGGAGAUAGAUGAUGGGCCUGUGCGGAUUACUACAUCGUUCAUCAAACGUGCGGGGGGCUCUAAUGGUGGUGACUGGACUGCCCGCAUAUCAGUCUCUCAUCUGAAACAAGAGUCGCGGGGAGAGCCAGUAGCCUUGCUGUUCUAUACAGCUCUGGACUCACAGACACAAGGCAGACUCAGCCACUACCCAGGGAAUGUGCUGACGGGCACAGUUGGGGAGACUGAGCAGCUGGGGGCAUUCACUGUGCGUAUGGUGAACGUGACAGGCCGUGUGGAGCAGGAGUCCUACUUGGUUACACAAGGACGUGGCCUGCAUCUGCUCAAGGAAGUGGUGAUGGCAUCACUGCGAGAGAUGACGGUGCGCAGUGUCAGACAGAUUGUGCUACCUGGGGACAUAACACGGGGAGUGCCGGGAAACUUUUCAGCAACGCAGGUUAAUACACGUGUCCCGUUUGAGAUGGAUGUCAUCUUCGAAUCAGGCAGCAACUUCGACAGGCCUAAUACCUUGACUGGAAAAGUCUACACGGAUUUGCUGGCAAAGAAAGUUGAAGAGUUUGACGCAAAAUUUGAGAGUAUUUUCAAACUAAAAGAAAAGACAUUUAAGGAUGAAGAAAUAAAUUUUGCCCAAGCUGCCUUAAGUAAUCUUCUGGGUGGAAUAGGUUACUUUUAUGGUUCUUCAAGAGUAAUAUCAGAUAGAUUAGACAAGCCUGUUCCUUAUUGGAAAGCACCUUUGUAUACUUCAGUACCUUCUAGAAGUUUUUUCCCUCGAGGAUUCCUCUGGGAUGAGGGUUUCCAUGGGCUACUUAUAGCAUCGUGGGAUCUUGAAAUUGAGAUGGAUAUCAUGAGUCAUUGGUUUGACUUAAUGAAUGUGGAAGGCUGGAUUCCUCGUGAGCAGAUACUAGGUUCUGAAGCACUAGCUAAAGUACCUGAAGAAUUUGUGACGCAGAUAAACACAAAUGCCAAUCCCCCAACAUUUUUUCUUACACUUAACUACAUAAUAAAACAUUAUGGUGAUAGGUUAAUAAAUGAGAACCGUUUAGGUGUUCUUGAACGUAUGUAUGGCAGAUUAGUGAAGUGGUUCGACUGGUAUAAUACCACUCAGAUUGGGGAAUUGCCAGGGGCAUAUCGUUGGAGAGGGAGAGACGAGAAGACAAAUUUGGAAUUAAAUCCUAAAACGUUAACCUCAGGACUCGAUGACUACCCCAGAGCUUCUCACCCCACUGUGGACGAGCGUCAUGUGGAUUUGCUUUGUUGGAUCACUUUGGGGGCGAAGGCAUUAUCUGAGAUUGCAGUUUUGCUGGGCAGAGAAGGAGAAAAGUAUGAAAAUACCUUUAAGUACCUGUCUAACAAUCAUCUUCUUGAUCGUUUACAUUGGUCCUAUAAGAAGAAUACUUAUUCGGAUUUCGGUUUCCAUACGGAUAAUGUCAUAUUGGAGAAGCCUCCACCAAUACACCAACAACAUGGACCUCCAACACAGCAGCCAUAUAGAAGAAUAGUAAUCAAGGACCCAGAGCUUCAGUUUGUUGAUUCCAACUUUGGUUAUGUAAGUUUAUUUCCUUUCUUCCUACAAAUUCUAGAUCCAGAGUCACCAAAAUUGUCAAUGCUCCUCAACGAUUUGAAAAACCCUGACCACCUGUGGACUAACUAUGGCCUAAGAUCUUUGUCGAAAGUCUCACCUCUCUACAUGGCGAGAAAUACAGAACAUGAUCCUCCUUACUGGAGGGGUCCCAUUUGGAUCAACAUGAACUAUUUAGCUUUAAAAGCAUUAAAUUAUUAUAGCAAACAAAGAGGGCCUUAUUCAGAGAUAGCACACAAGUUGUAUGUUGAUUUAAGACAGAACCUGAUAAAAAAUAUGUUUAAAGAAUAUAAGCGUACAGGAUACCUGUGGGAACAAUAUGAUGACAAAAGUGGGAAAGGCCAAAGAUGUCAUCCGUUUACAGGCUGGAGUUCACUUAUUGUGCUCAUCAUGGGAGAAAUUUAUUAAUAAUUUUAAAAGGGUUGUGUUAAUUGUUUUUAUUAUUUCGGGGGUUAGUAGGACAAAUAAAUAACUUUUAAGUA